GAAACGAAACAGUCACCGGGCUCAGAGUCCAAGAGGCGAUUAUUUUCUUAUCAUACAAAGUUGUUGUGUGCGUUUGAGUCGUGAGUGAGUUUGCAUGACUGACUACUAGCCGCUACUUAAGCUCUCUAGGCUCAAUCGACGUCGCGACGCCACUACAAAAGUAAGAGUGAGAACUUGGACUCGCGGCGGUGCUUGAAGCUUGAUAACAAACCCGCCCGAGUCGGCUUCGAGUGGACAGUCAGAGUUGCCACCUCUCAUUCGGUGCUAGAACGGAACGUGCUACGGACGUACAUCAGUGAGUUUCUAAAGGAAAGUGCCCAUUAGUGACAAGUUUUAAUAGCCAGUUAAAAUGUCCGCGGAAGAGCUGAAGUUGGCCGACGAGCUGUUUGACGACGCCAAGUACCAGGAUGCGUUCGAGCUGCUGGAUAAGCUGAGUGACAAAGACUCGGUCGAAGUGCAGUGGCGGCUGGCACGUGCCGUAUUCUUCAUCUCCAAGCAAACCCAGAACGCCGACGAGAAGGCCAAGUUUGUGCGGGAAGCGUUCGUGUACGCCGAGAAGGCCCUCGCCCUGGAUGGGGCCAGCUUCGGCGCGAACAAGUGGUUCGGAGCGAUCCUGUCGGAAAAGAGCAGCCUGGACGGAACGACGGAACGGGUCAAGCAGCUGGAGAACGUGAAGAAGCACUUUUCGCUGGCGAAGGACGCCAACGACAGUGAUCCGGGCAUUUGGCACAUGCUGGGCCAGUUCAACUUUAAGAUUUCCGAGCUGGGAUGGGUAACGCGAAAGCUGAUCAACUCCGUCUCGUCGAACCCACCGUCGGCUUCGUUCGAGGAAGCGCUGGAGUGCUUCGAGAAGGCGGAGAACCUGAAGCCCGGCUUCUACAGCCAGAACCAGCUGUACCUGGGCAAGACGUUCCUGGCCCUGAAGCAAAAGGACAAGGCCAAGCAGUGGUUCCAGAAGGCGUCCGAGGUGGAAGUUCGCAGCGAAGACGAUCGCGUAUGCCGCGAGGAGGCCGCCGAAGCACUGAAGAAGCUUUAAACUAGCCGUAAUUUAUGAGCAGAGUUCGUGCGACGACGACGACGCAGUCCAACGGCCGCGCGCGCACGUGAUUGCUGAAAAUCAGUACCUUUAGAAAUAGUAGUAUCGCUUUGAUUGAAGUGCUCACGCCACUCACCGCUUGUUUUAAAGGGAGACCCCAUUGAACUUGCAAUUGCACUGUUAAUGACCUGCUGGCCGCCGCUACUGCUAGUAAUUGUGUGUCUACCGACAGGAAAGAUCAUCAAUGCCAUAGAAGUAACCGGAUAUAAAUAUAAGAAGAGUGUGAUUGUCGAUGAAA